CUUUGGCUAUGGCAGGCCUGCGAUUGAAUCAGCAGGUUGUAAUUUUAUCAAGGAAACCAGAGAACGCAAUAUUCAAGAAGACAAAUCAUAAUAAUUAAAAUACAGUCGAUGAGUAUUUAUGAAAUAGCCGAAGAUGCGUGUAUUUACUCUAAGCCUUUGCUUAUUUGUUCUACUGUGUGCCCUGACGUGCAAAGUUAAUGCUAUUGAAAAAGUGAAAGAAGCUCCCUUAACCAAACUUGGUGCACAGGCAGGACCAACUUUAAAAUUCUUUUACUGCUAUUCCUGUGGAUAUAGGAAAAUGUUCGAGGAAUAUGUUGGAAUACUUAGGCAGAAAUAUCCAGAAUUACAAGUUGUUGGAGAAAACUUCAACCCACCAGGUUACAAUAUGCUCCUAGCUAGAUUUUUGUUUGCAGCUAAGAUAAUCAUCAUAGUAUUAAUACUAAGUGGAAUAAAUAUAUCAGAAUGGAUUGGACAACCUACACCAUCUUGGUGGCAAUGGUGCAUGGCAAAUCGAAUCUUUGCCUGUUUAAUGCUUUUUGUUUUGAGUAAUGCUAUCGAAGGAAUGCUUGUUGCAUCAGGAGCAUUUGAGAUUCAUUUCAAUGAUGUACCUGUUUGGUCCAAGCUGGAAACAGGAAGAGUUCCACAGCCACCUGAACUGUUUCAGAUAAUUGAUAAUCACAUAAGAUUCCAGAAAUUGGAUACUGACAAUAUUGAUUUCAAUAAAUAAUGAAUAAUUAUACACUGAUUUAAAUGCUCUAAUGAAGAUGAUACGUAACUCACAUCUACGUAAUUAUAACAGAUAAGAAACAACGGGAAAUACAUUGUGAGCACAUGUAAUUAUUCAACUACAACGUCUCAACUCUCACACUGUGAUUUCUGUUGUAUAAUUUGGUACAUUUCUGUUACGAUUUUAAUUUAAUGUACACAAGGCAUGUGAAUUUUUGUUCGGCUACAUUGCAGUUUGAAACGACGCGGGAAUCGUACGUGCCACAGGGGCCUGUACCGAGAUUUCGUAUUAAUGAUAGACUGUAAAUCACCACUUUCGACUGUAUAAUGUACGGUAGAUUUAAGAAAUGAAAUAAAUUUGAAAUACCUAUUAAA